ACAUACAAGUAUCUCAAAUUAUCAAGAUGUAACCUUUCUCUGAUUAGCGCAGGAUACGCAAAUCACAGAUUACAUGGGCACGACGUCUCAGAAAAGUGCAGUGUGUGCGGGAUUUUAAAGAAUAGUGAAUAUCCUUAUCAGGAAUGUUAGCCCUGCAAUGCCUGACAAACACUCGUAGUGUCGCUGUUCACCGGUGAGCUGAUUCUAAUCAAAUCACCCACCCACUAUAGUACUAUUUAAGGAGAGGCUCCUGGUGUAUGUCUCAGAAAAAGCUACAACCAGAGUAACAUGUAUAGUAAAAUGUUUUUAUGAGACUAGUAUUGAAUUACAGGUAAAAUUAAUGUACUUUUAAAACCUGUCUUCUUUCUGGAUUUGGAUUCAAACGGAGGAGAUCAGAUAUUACGCGCUGAAAAUGGAACACAAAGGAUUCACGAUAAAUGCUUCGAUCAGCUGCUGGAUUUUUUUCGUAAUGACUCUGUGUACCAGCCGUGGAGACAUAGGAUAUUCUAUCCCGGAGGAGAUGAGACGUGGUUCUGUGAUUGGAAAUAUUGCUAAGGACCUUGGGCUCGAUGUAAAAAAACUAUCCGAUCGUAAUGUCCGUUUAGAUGCCGACAGGACCAGCAGAGGCUUUUGUGACAUAAACCUUAAAACCGGCGAUUUGAUUGUGGCAGAGAGAAUAGACAGAGAGGAGCUUUGUGCAUCGAGAGUUUCGUGUCCUUUAAAAUACGAGCUGAUACUUGAAACUCCUCUGGAAAUGCAUCGUAUAGUAAUUCAAAUUGAGGACAUAAACGACAAUUCACCUCGAUUUACAAAUGAUCGUAUUGAACUAGAGAUAAUAGAAUCGGCUUUAAAAGGCGCCCGUUUUCUGUUGGAUGAGGCGCAUGACCCAGACAUCGGGAAAAACGCAGUUGAAACUUAUGCUUUGCAGAAUAAUGAUCAUUUUGUGUUGAUUGUUAAUACAAACGCAGACGGUGGAAAAUACGCUGAGUUGAUAUUAGAAAAAGAGCUGGAUCGUGAACAACAGCAAGAGAUUACACUAUUACUGACCGCCAGUGACGGUGGGACUCCGCAGAGAUCAGGUACAGCAGUCAUACACGUCACUGUGCUGGAUGUUAACGAUAAUAUACCCGUGUUUAGCCAAGCUGUGUAUAAAGUCAAUCUGCCUGAAAAUUCACCGUUAGAUUUUGUAGUGGUUACAGUUAGUGCUUCUGAUGCAGACGAGGGACCGAACGGAGAAGUGACGUAUGAUUUCGGUCGUGUUUCAGAUAAAGUGAUGCGUUUGUUUACAGUAAACAAGAAAACAGGGGAUAUUAAAACAAUAGGGAAUAUCGACUUUGAAGAAGAAUCUUACUAUGAAAUGCAAAUUCUGGCUAAAGACGGAUCAGGUUUAGCAACGAAUUCCAAAAUCGUAAUCGAAAUUACCGAUGUGAAUGACAACACGCCGGUAAUAUUUCUUAAGUCACUGAACAACCCGAUUCCCGAAAACGCACCAUCUGGUACAGAUGUUGGUAUUAUUAAUGUGCAAGAUAACGACUCUGGAGAAAAUCAAAAUAUUCGUUGCUCAAUUAAACAUAAUGUUCCAUUUAAACUAGUACCGUCAAUUAAAAAUUAUUAUUCAUUGGUAACAACUAGCGAGCUGGAUCGUGAGGUAGUGACAGAUUACAAUAUAACAAUCACCGCCACCGACGAGGGAUCUCCGCCGUUGUCCUCAUCGAAGACAAUUCAGUUAUCGGUGUCAGACGUUAAUGACAACUCACCUGUGUUUGACAAGCAAUCCUACAGCGCUCAAGUGACUGAAAAUAACAAACCCGGAUCCUCUAUUUGCUCUGUUACGGCGAGAGACCCAGACUGGAGACAGAACGGCACAGUCUUCUAUUCCCUGUUACCCAUCCAGAAGCUUCAAAGCCCACGUUGUAGCCAGAGACAAUGGUUCGCCUCCCCUCAGCAGCAACGUGACUGUGAGCGUCCACAUAACAGACCAGAAUGA